AUGUGUGCCAUUGACUACAUUGAUAUGCUUGAGCUCAGUGAACUCCCGGAAAACUCAGCAAUCAUACCAAACAAGUUAUUUCGUUUACCAGGAUUCCUUACACCUUUCUGCAAGCAAAGGAGCACUAGAAAUGUUGGAAGCUCGGACUCACAGAAAUGGAGAGGGCAUAAAGGCAACUCUUCUUCUAACACUUACCCAUUACGUUCCAUGCAAGAAGAGAAUGAAGGAGUUGGUAAAGAAAAUCAUGUAGUGCCAGUUGCUCCAAUUAAUGCAACUGAAGAAGAAAAAAAUGUUUGGUUUAAAGGGAAGCUUCACGAGUUCAAGAUUCUCAAUUCAGAUAAAUUGAUUAGGCAAUUCCAUGCUCGGGUUCUGGGAUUUUUCAGCCAUGAAUGUGAGUCUCCAUUUUUCAUGACGUGGGAGUGCCAUGCAGGCUCAUAUGAAGCAAGAGAAUUGUUGUCUAUAGAGAGUCUUUUCAAGGUGCAUCCCAAGGCAUUGACCCCAGACUUCCCAAUUCUGUCCAAAGGGACUCCAGCUGAAGCGUGGUUGAAUGAGUUGAGUAAAGGAAAGAAGAGCCCUGGUGAGAUUUCUCUGUUUCAGAACUUAUCUGACUUGAUCAGACUUGCAGAUCUGUACAAAAAUGGUGGUGUGUACCUAGACACAUCUUUUGUAGUCUUGAAACCUUCAGCUGGGUUGAGGAAUUCUAUUGCAGCACAAAGCAUGGCCUCUAGGAAUAAGCAUUGGACUAGACUAAACAAUGCAGUCCUGAGAUUUGACAUGAAUCAUCCACUUCUUCUUAGAUUCAGUAAUGAACUUGUUUUAGCUUUUAAUGGGAACAAAUGGGGGCAUAAUGGUCCUUACAUGCAGUGA